ACUUGGCAACCCGAAAACCUUCGUACAAAUGCUAGGCGGGAAAACUAUAAUAAACCAGCUGUGUGUAGAAACACAAAGCGGCUAUUUCUUUGAUAAGACCUACUAUUAUUGCUGUUUUUAGACUAAUUAAGCUCGUUUAUUUGCGCAGAAAGUGGGUAACACUGCUAAACUGGUGUGAGGUGAAGAAUAAACAUGAAGAGCAGGAAGAGUAAGGCAUGUAAAGCUCUUCCUUUAGCAUCAGAGGAGGAGUGUGGAGUUUGGCUGGACACUGCUGAAUUAAGAGUGAAGAAACAGACAAAACUGGCACGACCGAUAUCCAAACUGUUGAAUCCACUGGCUCGGUCCGGAGGCUACAGCAUGGCAGUGGCCCUGAAUUUUACCCAAACUAAAAUGGAAAUGCCUGCAACAAAACAGAGCACAAUCUCCUCAUUCUUUCUACCACUGACUAAAAAGGAAAUAGAUGCAGAUGACUGCAGCUCUCCGUGGCCUUCAGGAAUGUCUUCUACUCCCCUUCCUGAAGCACAUGCGGGGACUAAACGAAAACGUGAGAUGAUAUUUGAAUUGCCUUCAGAACUAGACGACGUAAGCGGACAUUCCUCUCUAAUAGAGCCACAGGAAUAUGAUGCAGAUAUUGAGAGAGUGUCAGGCGAAGUCUGUAAUGAUGAUGAUAAAGAGAAGCAGUUUUUACAUUUGAUUUGGGGAUAUCAGUCAGAGGAGUGUGAGCCACCAGGAAAGAGGAAACCUCAUGAGAAUAUUAAAAUUGAAAACGUAACCGAUACACAAAAAGACAGCAGCAAAGCCGUAACGCGUGGCUGUACGACUGCUGACGGGCCUGAAGAAAUCCCUGAAAGUCUGCUUCACAGGGAUCAGACACAGCAAUAUUCUCAUGACAACUUUCAGAUGCACAGGAGCAUUUGUGGAAAGAACAAUGAUGGUUCUUCAGCUUCUCUGUCUACAGAAGAUAUGUAUACUCAGGAACCGUUAAAAGACCAAAGUGUAACAGAGAAGAGUGCUUCAUGUUUAACUCCAAAGUCAGCCCCAAAGAUCCAAAAUACGAUGACACGUCCAGUAAAGUCUUAUAAAGAGCCAGAGCUAUUUGAGAGGAGGAAUCAGUGGUCACCUGUGAAGAGAGAGGAUAAAGAAAACAGCAGACCCACAUCACUGAGACAUAGUACUGCACUUUCACCUUUUAAGCAGCCCAUGUGUUCCAGCCCUGCAAAACGUUCUUCAGAUUUUAACAGGAAAUUUUGUCAGACCCCUAAGACGUCAAUCAGGGAGGCUCAGGAGAAUGAUGAAGACUCAUUCAGCAUGUUGUUCACUCAGGAUUCUGAAGGCUUUCGGGUGAUCGCCCAUCGCAGUAAACAGUCUAGAUGCCCACUGAAGGAUCAAACUAAUUCCCUUGAGGGCAGAGAGUAUUUGAGCAUCCCGUCUGUAACACCUCUGGAAACGGAGAACUCAGAUCCAGAGGCAGAGAUGCUUUUCACGCAGGACUCUCAGGGAAAUAUCGUCAUUAAACAUUAAACACCAAAUGUGGUGUAGGAUAAAGCUUUACUUUUCAGCCAUUUUGAAAAAUGUUUAAAGAAUUUUUAUUAAACAAGUUGUGCACUCUAUGUAUAUUGGUAUACUGUAUAUGUGGUGAUAUGUGGUGGUGAUUGGGCCCCUGAACAACAGUCCUGUAUAAUACCAUUGUAAAUUUAACUUUUCUUUACAGCAAAUGUUUGUCACAGGUAUCACUAGUGAACUAGUUGCAUAUUACAAACAUCCAUUAAAAAUGAAUACUGUAGCAAAGUGCCAUGUUUAACAUUUGGAAAUGUCAUGAGAUUCAAGAUACUUGAAAAACUUAUUAUUCAGUAUGAGGAGGAAAAUUGAAGAAGCAUAUCUGAUCUUUUUAUUUUUUGGUCCAAUUAUAUUAUUUCUGUAUUGUAAUUUUCUGCAUUAAUGUAUGUUGGUUUAUUGUUUAUUCUCUGCUAUUGAUGCGCAACUAAUCUUAUUUGACCACCAGAUGGCACAAAUGGUUUCUAAAAAAAAUGUGGAUAAAUUGAAUUUCAUCCAACUGGAGCGCUUAGUAAGUAAAAGGGAAUGUGAAUGUGCUGUUUGUUUUAUUUCUGCUUAAUCACUUAGAAAUGACUGAGAACAUCCUUAGAUCUCAGUAAAAAGUGAUGAUUAAAGUGAGGAUGAUUUCAUUUAAUCCUCCAACAUGACAUGAGAUCAUUUGUGCAAUUACAAGUCAGAUGUUAGAAGAUGAAUAUAUUCUGUGUUCUAUCCUUAGAUAAACUCUAUUUUUUUAUUUUUUAUUUUUUCUGUUUUUAAGCACUUACUGUCUCGUGACAUUUGUUGUACGCUGGACAUCUGUGGGUUUGUCCGCCUUUUAUCAAAAUUCUUUAGUGGACACAAAAGAAGUGCAGAGAAAACAUUCAGAGAUCUGUUUUAUUUGUAGGACUAGUGUGAAAAUAUACUUUCUUCUUUUCUCUCUGAAAACCAGUGUUGAUCAGACUGUUGAAUAUAACACUGACUAUGUUUCAGAUUAGUUGUUACUUAUAACUAGUAAACUUGUUUUUUUUUUUUCUGACAAAUUUUCUCUUUUUAAAGCUGAGCAGCAAAAGUUCUACAAGUUCAGUACUUCACGCCUAAAAGAAUGCUACAUUCAUACUGGUGACGUCAGUCUACAAAAUGCUUUCCCAUACAUUUUUUAAACAUAUCUCUUGGGGGCAUUUACGUAUUAUAAUUUAUGACAGUCUGCUGAAUACACUGUAUCAGCUUAUUAUGAGGAAAACAUGGGGGUGACAAUAAUCCCUUUAAAAAUAAUGAUCAUCGAGGAUUUCAGAUACAAUACAAGACAAAGAUGGAAUGGCCCUUACUAACAGAGAAAAACAAUCAUUUUUUAAAAUGCUGUGGCUUUCGAUUAUGCACCACUUAAGAUUUCUUCGAAUAGCCAUAUUAGAAACACCGGACUUUCCAAAACUUUCUGUGGGAAUCAAGAGGUAAUAUUAUUAAAGUCACUCUGUGACCUUCAAUAUAAGUUGGAAGCCUGCCAGAGAUCCUGUGUGUGGAUUGUGUACAUCACUUUGGAUGAAAGCAUUGUCGAAGAAAUAAAUGUAAACCCUAGAGAAAUCUUAAAUAUUGUACUUCACACAGCAAAAUAGAGUGGUUACAAUAUGCAGAUGAUAU